AGCGAUACACUGAGACAACACAGCGCUCACUGAUGCGAUUUUAACGCAGCUGACCUGGCACGUAGAAGGACACGGCGUCUCCUGGAGGAGAGCUUUGCAGAACCCACUGUCACCGUUUUUUUUUUUUUGAAAGGACUGCUAAAAUUAGCUUAGAUGUUAUGAGCAUAGAUGGAGUCCGUAAGGAACCAUAUAGAUCCCUAGGUUCAUGGAUUUUGUCUUUCACGGUUCCCGCCUAGCCGGCCCGUUAGCCCUGAUGCACUCACGGCAGAUUCAGAACCUCGGGCUGUAGAGGGUCCGGACGGAGCCGCGUCACAUCAGAGUCAGAAGCGACCUCUCCCGACCCGAUAAGUCGCACCUCAGCCGCCGAGAUGGACUCCUACCUCUUCCCCUUUGACAACCUGCUAUGCAUGCUACUGGGCAUCUCCUUCACCGUAUGGAUUACGCUCCUGCUGGUUUUCAUCAUUGUCCCGGCCAUAUUCGGACUUUCUUUUGGGAUCCGCAGACUCUAUAUGAAGACGUUGCUGAAGAUCUUUGAGUGGGCAACUUUGAGGAUGGAGAGAGGUGCGAGAGAGAAGAAUCAACACCUGUACAAACCCUAUAGCAAUGGGAUCAUUGCUAAAGAGCCGGCGUCUCUGGAGCAGGAGAUUCAGGAGAUGCGGCGGAGCGGGCAGGGCGGCGAGCCCGAGUUCGACAUGUCCGACAUCUUCUACUUCUGCCGGCGCGGCGUGGAGAGCAUCGUGGACGACGAGGUCACCAAGCGCUUCACGGCCGAGGAGCUGGAGUCCUGGAACCUCCUGACCCGCAGCAACUACAACUUCAACCACGUCAGCGCCCGUCUGACGGUGCUGUGGGGCCUUGGGGUGCUGAUCCGAUACGGGCUGCUGCUCCCACUCAGGGUGACGUUGGCCUUCACAGGGGUUGGUCUCCUGGUCGUCUUGACCUCCAUCAUCGGACUGUUGCCAAACGGAAGGAUGAAGAACUUGCUCAGUCAGAAGGCACAUCUGAUGUGUUAUCGUAUCUGUGUCAGAGCUCUCACAGCCAUCAUAACAUACCACGACAGUGAGAACAAACCCAAAAACGGAGGAAUCUGUGUGGCCAAUCACACGUCCCCCAUCGACGUCAUCAUCCUGGCCAGCGACGGCUGCUAUGCAAUGGUAGGUCAGGUGCACGGUGGACUGAUGGGGGUCAUUCAGAGAUCCAUGGUUAAGGCCUGUCCUCACAUCUGGUUUGAGCGCUCUGAGGUCAAAGACCGCCAUCUAGUGGCCAAACGGCUGAGUGACCACGUCGCCGACCAAACCAAACUGCCCAUCCUCAUUUUCCCAGAGGGUACCUGUAUAAAUAACACCUCCGUCAUGAUGUUUAAGAAGGGCAGCUUCGAGAUCGGCUGUACAGUCUACCCUGUGGCCAUUAAGUAUGAUCCUCGAUUUGGAGAUGCCUUCUGGAACAGCAGUAAGUUCGGCAUGGUCAACUACCUGCUCCACAUGAUGAGCAGCUGGGCCAUCGUCUGCAGUGUGUGGUACCUUCCCCCUAUGAGGAGAGAGGAGGAUGAGGAUGCUGUGCAGUUUGCGAACAGGGUCAAGGCGGCCAUCGCCAGGAAGGGAGGGCUGGUGGACUUGUUAUGGGACGGCGGUCUGAAACGGGAGAAGGUGAAGGACGUGUUUAAGGAGGAGCAGCAGAGGCUCUACAGUAAAGUGUUAGUGGGGGGGGGCAGUGAGGACCGCAGUCGCUCCUGA